AUGCAUGGUAACUUGACAGUCCCUGUCAGGCGACUAAAGGGCGACCACACUGUUCAGGAGGGUGAGGAGACAUCCACGUAUGGUAUCGACGUGUCAUGGGCGGAAACAUCUGGCGAGCAUGUCUCUGAAUCCUGGCAAGUGUGCAAGCGCAGCAUGUUGGACACUCUCGCUGUGAAAGCCUUGACAGACCGGCGACAAUCCCCCCAGCAUGAUUUGCAGCCAGCACGCUCGACAGCAACUGGUGGCCAUGAAAGCAUCAUCAUGUCGAACGCCCCCGCUGCGGGGGUAUCGAACGAAAAGCGAACAUCCUCUCAGCAUGAUAUGCAGCCCGCAAACUCCGAGCUUCCCCCCGCACCACCCAGCUUGGCAGAAGUUUCGAACGGAGCAGCAAAUCCAGAAGCAGUAGGCUUACGAGAAAGGCUGGAAGUGACUACAGAACGCGGGAAUUCCACCCAAGACAUCGUGCCACGAUCGAUGGGUGAGGACUUAUUUGUGGAGCUCCAGCAGGCAAACCAGGAGACUCCAGGGUCUGAGACCCGCAUGAUCCGAUUGCGGCCUUGGGAUUUUCCGGGACAGCAAGAGUAUUCGGAUUUGAAUCUCCUCUACUUCAAUGGGACGGGUGUUUACAUGGUCUUCUGUGAUGCCAGCCGUGGAUUGGAGGAGGCCUGGCAGGAAUUCAGGUUUUGGCUCUGGGCCGUGGCCCGCUUUGCAGUGCCUGAAGGCCGCACAACUGAUAAAGUUCAGGACCACGGCGUUGCUGGCCCUCCGAUAGUGCUUGUGGCCACCAAGUGGGCGACGAAACAGUUCGAGGCCUAUGAGAUGGAUCAUCGACUGGAGUGUGCGCGCCAGGAGAUACCCGGAUUGAGUGGAAGGCUGCGGUGUCCACCUCAACCGAACGAGUCGAAGUGUUUCUUCUGCAUAGAGAACUUUGAUGGGAAGCCGGAGCAGCACAUCCAACCUCUACGGGCAUGUAUUCAAAGCCUGGCCAGAGAGCUGCUGGAGCCGUCAGGGCUUCAGGGCACUCUCUACCCGGUGCCUUACCUUCAGGCCCAUGAUCUCCUUACCGAGCUUGCAGAUGGCCUGGAGCUUCACGUCGCAAUGAACUUGAGCGAGCUCCGCGCCAAGGUAGAGGAAGGGGGUCACCAGCUCAAGGAGGCCAUCCAAGGCACACAUGCGGUCCACGGAACUCCGGUGCUCGCCCCCAAGGGCUCGGUCUUAAAGAAUAGCAUCGCGGAAGUUCCAGAGCAGAGCGGUCGUGUGACCCUGCGGCUGCAAUGCGAUAGCUUGGAGUUUGUGCAGGUGGAGCAGGUUUUACAGGGUACAGGGGUCGACGUGGUUGAUGUGCUACGUCUCCUACACGGCCUCGGAGUACUCUUUUGGUUCGACAAGGACAAGCUGCGGGACCAUGUUCUCCUGAACGUGCGCAGUGUGGCAGUUGCCCUGGCCCGACUUAUGAGUUUACGUUUCUGGCAUGAGUCGAAGUUCGAGCAUUCGAAGGCCUACAAAGAGGAGCUGGCAGAGAGAACACAAAACAUCCAGAAAGAUGUGCGUCGCUUCAAGGCCAGCGGAGUAGCUUCGAGUGCCCUGCUGCACUGCUUGUGGGGCAAGGACUUCCCGGAAAGCCAGUAUGGAAUCCUGAUUGAAGUCAUGAUUCAGAAGGGCAUGAUUCUCAAUCGUGGAGUGGAGGGCGAGUACUUGGUGCCUUCCUGCUUGCCGUCGAUGGACGUUGCAGAAUCUUCAGAAAGCGGGGUAUGCAGCUACAUUCAGCUUGGCAGGCAGAUCUCACCAAGCAUGUUCCCAAGGAUUGUGAGCGAACUAUGCCAGCAGAUGGCUACGCCGGGGUCGCCCGCUGUAUUGAAGCCGAGGCCACCGCAAAUCUUUCGGAACCAGGCGGAGCUACAGACGGACGAAGCAGCUAUCCUUAUCUCGCUGUAUCCUGCCUCCAGCUAUGAGCUCCUCAGAAUUCGUGUCCACUCGCGGGGAGAUGAGGAUGUUGAGAUUGCAACGGAAUGCUGGCAGCAUGUCAAGCGGUGCUUAUUUGCAGUCUUGGGCCUCGAUAGCAAAAGGGACCUCGUCAAGACUGGACAAGACUGUGUCGUGCCAGAUCUGGACCCAAAGAAAUUCGACAGGCUAUUGCAACUUGCAAAGUGCCCCAAACCACAGUGCAGCUUCGUUGGCUGGAGAUCACAGUGUUCCCAAUGCCGUGUCAGCGACCUGUUGCAGGAGCGCUUUCUUCCAGACCUCAGCAAAGAACUGAGGAAGGUCGUGAGGCACAUUUCUGUGGAGCAAGAUGCUCGGCCCGAUGGCAGCUUCCGGUUCAAGCACAUGGCUUACCCCGGCGAUGUUGAUGUGGAGGAAUACUUGAUCUUCGAGUCCGAAGGCCCGACGGAGGCUCUCCAGCGCUUCGCGGAGCUAUUGCAAAAGGCUUGCCAACGCUGCGGCAGCCAGGAAGAUCUAAGUCUACACUGGGCUGGCUUGAAGGCAGGGAAGCGAGAUGAAGAUUCCACCCUGACGUGGACUGCAGAGGAUGUGAGGCGAGGGAAGAUGACGAGGAGCGACGGCAGCGAGAUCUCUUUGGUUGCGGCCCUGGCAGAAGGGCACCGUGGUCGAACUGCGAAGAUCGACCUUUAUGCAAAGGUCAGCCUUUUCCGAGAUGGUAACUGUCGGCCGCGCUUCUUUGAGGUGACCAAUGUCCUUCGCUUUGGAUACGGCAGCCGUGGUGGCCAGAUCAAGCCAGUGACGAAGGAGAAAGACUUUCUGGAUGUCGUUGAGAUCUGCUUGCAGGAGUACUCUGGCCCAUGUCCCCAGACGAUGAAGUACGCGAAGCGACUCUGGGAGCGCAGCUCAUUCCUCGCCCAGCGGGGCAUCAGUUUGCGGGAGCACCUGGUGAUGCUGGAAGCCUUGUCGCCCCUCUUUGGGCACUGGCUCGCUAAAAUCAGUCAAAUGGCUGCAUAUGCCGAGACCCUCCGCAACAUGUUGAAGGGUUUGGAGCAAAGAGGAGAGAUGGGACAGCUCGAGAAAGUGCAGAAAGAUGCCCUUGACGACCUUCCGACUCUCUGCAAGGAGCUUAGCAUAGAAGCAAGGGCAGCAUGUAGCAGCAUAGCAUGCAUAGGAUGCCUUCAGAGACAAAGUGCGACUCUGUCACUGAGGCGAUUUUGCGCAAGCCGUGCAGGCUGA